GACAUGCGCGCAUGCGCGCGUCCUCACUUCCUCCGCAGCUCCUGCUUCUUUUUGGUCUGUCUGUGUUGAUAGCGGCUUUUGCUUCCACACGUGCAAUCUUUCCUAUGUGAAUCUCUCUCUUUGGGACCAGUUUUUAAGCUCAUCCUGCUUUGUCAGAAUAGGUUUAAAGCCAUAGAAACAGACAACCAUGGGGGCUUAUCUGUCGCAACCAAACACAGCCAAGACCUCCUCCGAUGGCGGCAACAGCAACAUGAGCUACGGUUUCUCUGCCAUGCAGGGCUGGCGUGUCUCCAUGGAGGAUGCUCACAAUUGUAUCCCAGAAUUUGAUGAGGAGACAGCCAUGUUUGCUGUAUAUGAUGGACAUGGAGGUGAAGAGGUGGCUCUGUACUGUUCAAAGUACCUUCCCGACAUCAUCAAGGAGCAGAAGACCUACAAAGAUGGCAAACUGCAAAAGGCUCUGGAGGAUGCCUUCUUGGCCAUCGACAGCAGAAUGACCAAAGAGGAAGUCAUCAAGGAGCUGGUCCAGAUCGCUGGACGGCCCACUGAGGAGCCGCCCACUGAAAAGGUGGCAGAGGAGGAUGAUUUGGAGACAGAGGAGGCGGCUUUGCUCCACGAGGAAGCCACAAUGACCAUAGAGGAGCUGCUGGUACGCUAUGGCCAGAACAGCAACGCUGUCAAGCAUGCAGCUGCCAUCAGUGCGGCUGCUAAGAAGGCGUCCUGCUCGCACCCCGAGGCCUCGGGAGACAAAGGUGGGGAAGGACAGAAGGAGAAGGGGCUAAAUGGAGAGGUGGAGGAGGAGAGCAAUGGGAAGGUGAAGGGAGGUGAAGGAGCGGCAUGCGGGUCUAAGCUGCGAGCCUGUCGGAGAACAGGAGGAAGUGAAGGCAUCGGUGCAGCGGCUGACUGUGGAGGGUCCGGAAGCUCCAAUGGAGAAGAAAAGGCUGGUAAGGCAGAGGGAGAUGCAGGACCCUCCUGCUCCUCUUUGUCCUCCAAGGCUGCAGGAGAUAACAAGUCCAGGUUCUUUGACGACAGCGAGGAGUCUGAGGAGGGAGAAGAGGAGGAGGGCAGCGAUGAAGAGGAUGGCAGCGAAGAGGAAGAGGGUGACAGCAGUGAGUUGGAAGAAGAGGAGGACACAGAGGAGGGAGAGGAAGACUCUGAGGAUGAAGAAGAGGAGGAAAUGUGUCUUCCUGGAAUGGACGGCAAGGAGGAGCCGGGCUCAGACAGCGGCACCACAGCUGUCGUGGCUCUGAUCCGAGGAAAACAGCUGAUCGUGGCCAACGCUGGAGACUCUCGCUGCGUGGUGUCUGAGCGCGGCAAAGCUGUCGACAUGUCGUACGACCACAAGCCAGAGGACGAGGUGGAACUGGCUCGCAUCAAAAACGCUGGAGGGAAAGUGACCAUGGAUGGACGGGUCAACGGUGGACUGAACCUCUCCAGAGCUAUUGGUGACCACUUCUAUAAGAGGAACAAGGUUCUGCCUCCAGAGGAGCAAAUGAUUUCUGCGAUGCCAGACGUCAAAGUUCUGACACUUAACGAGGACCACGACUUCAUGGUCAUUGCCUGCGACGGUAUCUGGAAUGUAUUAAGCAGUCAGGAGGUUGUGGACUUCAUCAGUGAGAGGAUCAAACCAGACCAGAGUGGCAAAGUCAGACCCCUCUCAUCCAUAGUGGAAGAGCUACUGGACCACUGUCUGGCCCCCGACACAUCUGGAGAUGGGACAGGAUGUGACAACAUGACCUGCGUCAUUAUCACCCUGCGGCCACACCCGUCCCCUGCUCAGUCAGACGACACAAAGAAGAGGAAGCACCAGGAGGAGGCAGAAGGGACCGAGCUGGAGGAGAACGGCAACGACAGCAAAAAGGCUAAAAGUGACUAAAGGCAAAGAGACACUGUCCCAGAGGAAGCAGCAGGUCCCAGGCUACCCCAGAUACACCAGAGACACAUUCUGUUCAAAAUUAAACCCUGACCUCACAAACAUCAAUUCACCCUAAAACAGAAAUUACAAAUAUUAUACAGAUGCUCAAAGUUCGGCUGAACUAAGAUCAUCAGUAUAGUUUUUUUUUUUGAUUGAGUUUGAGUUGAGUUUCUGUUUGAGGUGGAUUCUCACUUCAACACCCCUCCAGUUGUUUCUUUUGUUCGCUCUCGUUUGAAAGAAGCUGGACAUGCUUUUACUUGUUAAAUUCAGAAGAGGCAAACUUGCCACUUCCUGGCAUGCUGAAUAGCGCAUAAUUUUCCACGUAUUUGUAACUAGAAAGAAGAUGCAGGACGAACCAGUCUACAGAGAUUAGUGUGUAUUUCUAAACAUUUUAGAGAGGUCUCACCAUCUCUGCAGACUCUGUUAUAAAUAUGUAAGACUUUUCCACACAGUUUGUUCUAGUGGAAGUUUGAGGAUAAGUAUUGUAGUGACCUGUGUCUGAUUGCUGUUCAUGACAUUGCUGAAAUGACACAUGCAUUUCGAUUGCGGUUUAGCAGUAUGAAAUAUGCGUUACUUUUCUAAUAUGAAACUGCACAAUGCUCUGUGUGUUGGGCCCAAAUUACAAAGCAGUCAUUGUAUCUCAACAAAGUGCCAUAAAAACCAUGAAUAGCUUCAGAUAGAGGCAUUGUGUAAAGGUAGCAGUAGAAAAACUGAGCGAAUGAGAGGAUGUUGGUGUCCUUGGUAGCCCAAAUUGAAGAUUCAAGAUGCUGUGAGGAUGCGAGUGCUAGUCUAGUGUUGCACUGAAUGUGUCGGUACCCUGUUUCAGGUUCCCCUCUGAUGUUGAUAUCCCACCCUGCGUUUGUUAAGAGGCAAUUUGUGUGAGUCACAGUUAGACUCCGGCAAGAAGAACUGAAGUAUUUGGGGUAUUAUUUCAGUUGCUCUUGUUUGCCAUUAUAUUUUAUUUUUCUCAUUAGCACCCAUUCACAAGGGAGGAUAUUUUUUUCAGUCUUGCUGGUCGCAUAACAUCCCAUUCAUCAACAAUACAUCACCAUCAUCCUGCCUUUUUUUUCAUUCCUGCUUCGAGUCUUGUCUUGAUCAAAAUCUGUAAAUUUCCAUACAGAGAAAAGAUGCCAGGUUUUUGGGAGCUAGUGUACUUUUCAUCUGUAAGAUCUGAUAGCAGGGAAACAGACAGAGACAUAAAAGGCGGCAAGCCUUGUUCCAUGUUUCGGUUGUGAGUGAAGCCCUGGACGGCCCCUCCACUCUCUACCUUCCUCCGCCCCAUUUACUCUCCCUGUCUGUCUUUCCAUUGUAACACCUUUAACAUCUCUAGGACCUGUUUUAAGUAAAAAGUAUUUCCACUCAAAUGUAUAUUUUUUUUCAUUUCUGGUGAAUCAGUUUUCUGGCAGUUUUAAAAGUAAAAUCCUUUUUGUGAGCACACUCUGAAAACGCCCUGACGCUGGACCGUGGAGAGGAUGCACAAAGUUAUUUUUUGAAUGGAAAUACAAUUUGAAGUUCAGAGCACCAAGACAGUAUAACUGUUUUAGAAGAUCUUUUUUCUUUAUUUGCAGAAGCCUCAUUUAAACCAUAUUGUGUGACUUAAGUUUGUUUCUAGUGUACUAUCUCGUCACCAUGCCCUUUUUUCUGUACAUAGUUUUUUCAAUACUUGUAUUUGAAGAAAAAGAAAAUGCUUUUUCUUUGUAAUUGUGAGUCAAUGUGACAUUUUUGGUGCAUAAUCUUUUGACACCAGUAUGUAAGUACAUACAAAUACAUUUUUUUAAAUAAUGAGA